CUGUGCAAUCGUGCCGCCGCUCACAGCAAGCUCGGCUACUUUUCCGAGGCAAUAUUGGACUGCUCCGUGGCAACAAAGCUGGAUCCUCAAUACUCUAAAGCAUACAUUCGGCAAUCAAAGGCUCUAGUACAGCUCGGCCGAUUUUCUGAGGCGUGCAAUGUAUUGAACAAAGGGUUGCAAUAUCGGUCAACUCCAGAUAUGUUGAGAGAGCAAGAGACUUGCACCAAUUUAAAGCUUCAGUAUGAAAUUGCUAUGUUUCAAUUGGAGAGCCAGAAUUUUGCCUUAGCCAAGAUUACAUUCGGGAAUCUGCUGCAGACGUCGUGGGCGAAUGUGGUACUUUUGGGAGUUGCCCGGGCGGAUUUGGGCCUAGGAUUUGUGGAUUCUGCGAGUCGAUUCUCACUACAAGUCUUGAAGAAAUCCCCCCAGUCAGCUGAGGCGUAUGCAUUACGUGGACACAGCUUUGUGUUAAUGGGAGAAUUCGAACCAGGUAUAAAGAUGUUGAGGGAAUCAAUGCGGCUGGACCCCGAUUGUACAAGAAAUCGCCUCGUUUGGAAAGAAUGUAAAAAACUACAAAGUCUGUGGGAUGACUCGUCGACCAAAACUUUCCAUCGAAAGUUUGAAUGUGCGGUCGAAUUGAUGACUGAAGCUAUUGAAAGUUGUUCCCAAUUGCCGCCGAAGGCCCCUCUGUUUGCUUUAUUUCAUGUAAAGCGAGCGAAGGGAUAUCUACGAUUGAAGCUGUUCGACGAGGUGCUGAAGGACGUCGCUCUGGUAAUCUACAAUCGGGAAGACCACAUUGAUGCAUGGUUGAUUCGGUUCCAAGCUUUGCAUGCACUCGAGCGACACGAGGAGGCCUUGUCAGAUGCGACAGAUUUGAUGGGAUCCUGGGGCCAAAACCAUGGACAAAUUCGAUUGGCGUUUGACACGGCGGACUUUACAGUACGCAAAAUGAAGCGACCUAACUUCUACAAGAUGCUACAAAUUUCGGAGAUUGCAUCAGAGCGCGAGAUCAAGAGAGCCUAUCGCCAAAAGGCUCUAGAUUUACAUCCUGAUCGUCUCAGUGGGUCACAGUAUACAUCAGAACAGCGGAGGAACGCAGAAUGUGAGUUCAAGCUGCUCGGAGAAGGCCUUGAAAUACUUGCUGAUGAGUUUAAGCGACAAUUGUACGAUGAAGGAUAUGAUCUG